AUGUCAAUAGUCUCAACGGAGGUUUCCACCAUCACAGACACUACGACGACUACAGAAAUAAUCAUGGAUACUGUCACAGACACAAUCACAGACACAAUCACAAAGAUAAUCACGGAUACUGUCACGAAUACUACGACGGAUAUUACUACGGAUUCUGUCACGGAUACAGCUACUGUCACGACAACAGAUACGAAUUUUGAUACGAUUAUCGUGCCAACAACCAUCACAGCAGCUCCAAACCCAUGCCCGACCACUUGCAGCAUCACCUCACCAUCGGUCUACAUGGUCAUCAACACAAUCUAUGGCUACAACACUGCUGGUCGCACUGGGCCAUCCGGUACAAGUGUAGUGUUCCCCCUCGACCUGAAUCAAGUCUCGACCAUAGAUACCGUCAACUCAGCUACGCGACAACUCACAUUGAAUGACCUCGGUACCGACUGUCCUCAGUCAGAAGAUCCUUCGGUGAUCGCGACGGCAGCGCCCAACGGUCGGUGUGACCCUAUCCUCGUGGCCCCGGAGACCGUCAAAUCUUGGGCUUCACCCUGCAACGCAUGUGGUAAUUUCGGGCUGUUCGAUCCACCAUAUGCUGUGGCUCCGCUCACUGGAGGUCUGGUGCCGGCGACUACGACGGUUGCGAUGACGCAGCCAGAGACUACUUCCAGCACAGUUUCAACCACUGAUACCACCACCACGGUGUCGGUGACUUCCGAGUCCACUUCUUCAAAUUCGGAGACUAGCUCGCCUGUCAAGGCGUCCUCUCCGUCUAGCGUGGUGACCACGUCCUCUAACACUGAAGGCUCCUUUGCUCCGUUGCCAACUCCGGUAUCGUCUAGCAGUGAUAGGGCCUCCGCUGCGUCGUCGUCGUCCUCCAUAUCUAUCUCUACUUCGGCUACCACCUCCUCGAUGUACAAUACUGCGACCAAACCAACUGGGUGUGGAGGAUGGUCGGGGCUGAGCUUCUUCAUAUUGGGAUUCUUACUGUAA